CAUGACAUUUCAAGCAUUUCGUUGUCUCGUCACCGAUAUCCCACUUCUAAGAAAGCAAGUGAGAGCUUUAGUUUUGAAGCAAGGGAUUCCUAUAUCUUUCGUUCAUACCAGCACUGUCAGCUACCUAACCGCUACGAUGACUACUGCGUCAUUCAAAUAUAUUGAUCCAACUUCAUACGAUCCACACGCCACCGAACCCUUUAAGAAACCUUGGACGAAGGUUGAUGGAGCUGGCAAUUCCUACCGGCUAAAAGAUUAUAGCCGUCCAGUCCAUGACUUAACUGGCCAUGAGAAAGAGUUCACUACCGAUAAUUGUGGCUUUGCUGUGUACACUGCCCCAGCGAAAGAAACGUCCUUUACAGAUGAUAAGCAAGUGAAAGAGGGGUAUUACGGUGAAGUUGAGGCUCUAGUUCGCCAGAAGCUUCCGGGCGUGAAAAAGGUGGUCAUAUUUGAUCACACGAUACGACGAAGGGCGAAGGCCUCUCCGCGACAACCAGUCCAACUAGUCCAUAUAGACCAGACCCCCGCCGCAGCUGAGGUCAGAGUGCGUCGUCAUGCCCCAGAAGACGAAAUCGAGGGACUCCUCAAGGGUCGGUACCAAAUUAUAAACGUCUGGCGACCAAUCCAGCACCCCGCGUCGGACUUCCCCCUCGCCGUCAUCGACGGGCGCAGCAUUGACCCUAGCGACUUCGUCAAGGUGGACCUCCUGUACCCCAAAGGCGCGAGCCAAACGGGCGAAGUCCUCGCGGAUCCGAGCUCCGCGGCGUCGACAGAGGGGUACGAGGUCACGGGCGAGCAGUAUGUCAUAGCACCGAACGAGAAGCACCGGUUCCAUUACUUCAAGGAUAUGACGCCCGACAUGGCUAUGUUUAUCAAGUGCUUUGAUUCAGAGAGCGAGCUGAUGACUGGGAGAGGGGGAAUUGCGCAUGGCUCGGGGCAUACGGCGUUUAUAGAUCCGCAGACGCCGAAAGAGGCCCCGGGGAGACAGAGUAUUGAGGUUAGGUGUCUCGUAUUCUACGAGUAAGCAGGUGAAGAGACUCAUGAGCUAAGCCAUCUAUAAAAAUAUAUAGAUUGCUGGGAUAAUAUAUAUGCAUAUUUCACACCCAUACAAACGAUACUGGUCUUCAUAGAAAACUAGACAGCCAG